CACCAGAAGACAAAAGCGAGAACGAGAGAAGGGAAAUCGGAGGAUCACAGCGUGCGGAAAAUCGUAUCGAGAGUUUAAAGUACCGAUAUCAGUGAAAAAAGUAUAGACGUUGUAGAGCGAGUUUUUACGAGGAUCGCACCGGAAAAAAAAGGAGAAGUGUGUGACGACCGGUGCCGACUGGAAUCGAUUGACAGUUGAUAUCGGCGAUUUAAUUUUCUCGGCGAGACUUUUUUUUCUUUCACUUCGCGAACUUGACUCUUCAGUGCGCGCGCGAGAAGAUGAAUCUGUCGGUCAGCGCGGCGAUUCUGUGCGUUCUGGUCGUGGCAUUACUGUCGGAAACGACGUACGCCAGGCCACCUCCUGAGUGGCUCUUCAGCCAGUGGAGGCACUUUGGCGACAGCGACACAGACAACAUCCCGAUCGUAAGGUACAGACGCCUCUCCGAUCAGAGGAUGGCCGAAUUGGAGACACUUAUGGCACUGGAAAAAAUCAAGGGCGUCGCAGUUCCCGUAGGACUCGGCAAAGUGGAUCCAGCUGCUAUAGGCCGUAAACGAAGAUCCAUCUCGGCGGAACCUGUCCAAAACGUGAUAUCGACUAUGGGCCAAUCUGAUCUAAUUCGUUCCUUACUUUCGAAGGAACAUCCGCGGGAGGAGCAGAGACUACCAGCCAACUUAAUUGAAAAUGUUACUCGUGAAUGAGGCGGAAGUCACGAAAGUAGAGGAAACAAGCGGAGGAGGAAGAGCGAGAGAGUGGAAGAAGAAAGAGAGAGAGAGAGGGAGAAAAGAGGAGGAGA